AUGAACAUGGUAAAGAGCCCGGAGCCGCUGCCGCAGCGGUUGGCGGGGAUGGUGGCUGUCCGGGAGACGUCUCCAGCCUGGUCUGCGCUGGGAGAGGAGGGGCCGGCGACCAUGAAAAAGGAGAAGAGCCACGGGCAGGAUGAGGCAGACUGUAGGGCAAAGCUGAUCCUCAUCAAUGGGGACAAAGCACCUGGCGUUGUCCUGGAGGCCAAUGGGAAGCCCAGCACUCCAGGUUCCAGGGGCCUGGGGCUACUGCCCCUGAAGAAGGAGAAGGACAGCAAUGGAGACCUCUCCAAGGAGGACCUGGCCUGGCCACUGGAUCUGCCAGUGCAGAGGGCAGGGCGGACCCGGCAGGAGACGCGGCUCAAGGACCCGGCCCGCAGCGUGGAGCCUCUCAGGGAGCUGCCAACGCCCGUGCGGAGCUCCAGGCGUCGCUCUGCAGUGCCCACGCCCAUGACCAUUGACCUGACGGAGGAGGACUCGCAGGACUCAUCCCAGAGCAGCAGCACACUCUCGGGGAGCAGCUCCCAGGAGGGCCAGAACGGCUCUGCUGAGCUGGGGGCCGAGGAGGCAGAGAGCAGAGACAUGGGCAUGGCCCUGGAGUACCAGGAUGGGAAGGAGUUUGGAAUUGGGGAGCUUGUCUGGGGGAAGAUCAAAGGUUUUUCCUGGUGGCCUGCGAUCGUCGUGUCCCACAGAGCCACGGCCAAGCGCCAGGCGGUGUCGGGCAUGCGCUGGGUGCAGUGGUUUGGAGAUGGGAAGUUCUCUGAGGUUUCUGCAGACAAACUGGUGGGACUGAUGGCCUUCAGGCAGCAUUUCAAUUUCUCCACGUUCAACAAGCUGGUGUCCUACCGCCGUGCCAUUUACCACGCUCUGGAGGUGGCCCGGAGCCGGUCGGGGAAGACGUUUACAACAGGCCCCAGGGAGUCUCUGGAGGAGCAGCUGAAGCCCAUGAUCGACUGGGCAAUCACUGGCUUCAAGCCCCUGGGGCUCAAGGGACUGCGGCCACCCAAAGGCUCAGAGAAUGGGGUGCUGAGGAAUGGCACAGAGGAGGUGGUGUCCCUUGAACAGUGUCCCCCCACCAAGAGGCUGAAGACCUACCCCUGCAACAGCAGCAAGGAGCAGCGUGUGGAAGAGGACCAGACCCGAGAGCAAAUGGUUUCUGACAUUACGAACAACAGCGGGAAGCUGGAAGAUAGCUGUUUGUCCUGCGGGAGGAGGAACCCAGCCACUUUCCACCCACUGUUCAAGGGGGGCCUCUGCCAGACAUGUAGGGAUAGAUUCCUGGAGUACUUCUACAUGUAUGAUGAAGAUGGGUACCAGUCCUACUGCACCGUCUGCUGCGCAGGCAAGGAGCUGCUGCUCUGCAGCAAUGCCAGCUGCUGCAGGUGCUUCUGUGUGGAGUGUCUGGACGUGCUGGUGGGGCGAGGGACGUCAGCCAGAGUGAAGGAGCAGGAGCCCUGGAACUGCUACAUGUGCCAGCCCCAGCAGAGCCGCGGCGUGCUGCAGCGCCGGCAGGACUGGAACGCUCGCCUGCAGGACUUCUUCACCAGUGACAAGGGACAGGAAUAUGCUGCACCCAAAAUCUACCCAACAGUUCCUCCAGCGAAGAGGAGACCAAUUCGAGUGCUCUCGUUGUUCGAUGGGGUGACAACAGGACUUCCAGGAGCGGCCACAUCGAGCGGUGCUGACGAGGGAGACUUGGAGGCUAAAGAGAGCAGUGCCACCUCAGACCUCUGUCCAUGGGCAGGGUACACAGUGCUGAAGGACUUGGGCAUCCAGGUGGAGAAGUACAUUGCCUCAGAGAUCUGUGAGAACCCCAUGGCCGCGGGCAAAGUGCGGCCUGAGGGCAACAUCACCUACGUGCGCGAUGUCAGGAACAUAACCAAGAGACAUAUUGAGGAGUGGGGUCCUUUUGACCUGGUCAUCGGUGGAAGCCCCUGUGACGACGUCUCGCUUGUCAAUCCAACCAGGAAGGCUCUGUUUGAAGGAACUGGCAGGCUGUUCUUCGAGUUCUACCACCUGCUCAACUACGCCCGUCCCAAGGCAGGCGAGGAGCGACCCUUCUUCUGGAUGUUUGAGAACGUGGUGGCCAUGAGGAUCAACGACAAGAGGGACAUUUCCCGGUUUCUGGAGUGUAAUCCAGUUAUGAUUGAUGCAAUCAAGAUAUCAGCUGCCCACCGAGCUCGUUACUUCUGGGGCAACCUCCCUGGGAUGGACAGGAUCUUUGGCUUCCCCCUGCCCUACACGGAUGUCUCCAACAUGGGCCGCGGGACUCGCCAGAAGCUGCUGGGGGGCUCGUGGAGCGUCCCUGUCAUCCGGCACCUCUUCUCCCCACUCAAGGAUUACUUUGCCUGUGAAUAGCAAACUGGAGCGCCCCUCGUCUCUCUGGUAACGAUGCACAGCACGGCUGCUGUGGUGGGAGAGGGACAGGCACGGCCACCGGGCUGCCAGGGCCUGUCCCUCCCCAGGGACAGCCUGGGAGAGCCGAGGAAUGUCUGUAACCAAAGAACCUGGCAGGGCAACUUCUGUAAAGGGACUAACAGUGAUCCCUAGUAGGAAAUGAUGGACACGAAGCUUUAAUUAGCCAGCACACGAAGCUCUAUGCAUCGCUGAUAAGAUGGGCGUCUCAUCCUCCAGAGCAUUAUUCCUGUUUAGCCUGGAGCUGGGAAGUCUCCACGUGCUGAGCAGCCAGUGUGCGGGCAGCUGCUGGGGAGCUGCAGGCAAACCUGAACUACAGUGAAUUGGUGCUUUACCUAAACAAACAAAACCUCUUGAAGUAACUGCCAAAAACCCCCAAACCGUAGCAGCAGGUGUAAGGGACCCUGCUCAGGUUACAUACUGAACACGGGAUCAAGAAACCAAAUCUUUUUUUGUUUUUAUUUUUUUUUUGAUAAAAUUUAAUUUUGUUGUUUUGAUGUCUAUUGCUGCUUUAAGGCAUUACAUAAGAAUGUGGAGAUUCCUAGACCUGAAUGUAGCUGAAACUGAACUGUGAGGUGAUAGAAUUACUUUUCUAGCUAGAACUAAAGAAAUAUUGUUUUAUAUGUUUGGUUGUAGUUUACAAAUAUUCACUACUUCCUUUUUAAAGCAUCUAAAACCUCUCCUUACAUUUUAAAAUCCUGCUGAAUGGUUUGAAAGCUUACAAGUAACUGGAGCAGGGAGGAUUUGGGCUCCAGGGUCUGUAAAGGAAAAUAUUCUUGGAGCAUCCAUUUCCCAAAAGAAUGUGGUAUGUCAGCAGGAAGGACAGUGUAAUGGUCAAUGGCACCCUCAAAUCUCAGCAUCCCAAAUGUCACGUAGGAUGUCAUGAACCCAAGCAGUGGUGGCAGGGCAUUCCAUCCAGGGAAAACCCCACCCAACCCUGGUGGAGUGCAGGGUCUAGGAGUGCAGCACUGCUCCUGCCUGUGCCCAGGGAAUGAGACAGUGAGGCAGGAAAGCACUGCCACUGCUGGGGGCUCUGGGGCUGCACCUCUCCUCCCCUGCUCCCAUCCCUGUGCACACAGGUGGGAUUGUGUGCCCAGCCCCAGCCUGGCAGCACCCUGGGGGCUCCUGGGGCUGUACCCCCAAACUGGGAGCUCCUGUGGCCACCACUGAUUCACUUUUGAUUGCCUUCCUCUACUCCCCAGCUUUGCCAGAGUGAUUAUCAUGCAUUCCAUGACGUCCUGGGCACACUGAGCCUG